AAGCCACAACUGAAGACGCAGGGACAGAGAACGCAAGUGACCAAAACUGACUAGACUGAAAGUAUUAUUAGAGUCUGCACACCCACAGGUAACUUUAAAUACAAUUUUAUGUUUCAUCAAAAAGUUGUGAUAUGAAUGUAAAAAUUAAACUUUUAAUGCGUAAAACGUGCGUAAAGUUGUGCGUAACAGUGUCUUCAUCAAGCGGCUAAUUUUGUGUCUUUCCCUCCGAAUCCAGCGAUGAAGACUCCAUCAGCCCUGAUCUCUGCAGCAGUUUUGUCGCUGUUCCUCAGUCCACCGUGGAGUACAGAUGCAGCCACCUAUCAGGGCGCCUUCCCACACCCAAACAAAUACAACCCAAAUGACUCAGACAGAUGCCAAACACCAGCCAUCGGUGGAUUAAUUUCUCAAGUACCAGGGCCGGUAACUUCAACCGAUGAGGUCCUGGAGUCCAGCCAGGAAGCGCUGCACGUGACGGAGCGGCGGUACCUGCGUCUGGAUUGGUGCAAGACGCAGCCGCUGAAGCAGACCAUUGCAGAGGAGGGCUGCCUAAGCCGGACCAUCAUCAACCGCUUCUGCUACGGGCAGUGCAAUUCCUUCUACAUCCCGAGACACAACUACCAAGACGGGGACGCCUUUCAGUCCUGCUCUGCCUGCAAACCCAAAACUUUCAGCACUGUCACUUACACCCUUUUCUGUCCGGGUCAGACACCCAGCACCAGAAAGAAAAGGGUGCAGCGCGUGAAGCAGUGCCGCUGCACGACGAUAGACACGGACUAGACUCAGAUCAGAACAUCUCAGCUCGAUCAUAUCUUCGCAGUUUGCUGGAUGUGUGCAGCUUUGUCAUAGAAUUCAUGGAUUUAAAGAGCAUUGUCCUCAAGGGACACGUGAACUUACCUGAGCAUUUGGGAGCAGCAAUUUAGUUCAUAUCUUGCUGAUAGAAGAGAAACACAAGUUCUAGAUUCGGACUCCAAGACAAGUCUUACGUUAACUACGGAGUCCCUGAAGCGGUUCUCACUUUAAGCGCUCAGAAAUAAGCUUGUGUGCACAAAUCUUGAGAAAAAAGUUCCAAAACUUGAUAAUUUGUCGGACGAAGUUCUCCCAGAAAAUGCUCGAGUUUACAACAUGAUGAUCUUGCAGGAAUAAGUGACUACAGCUUCCCUUUAGAAGAGAUUAUAUCGUGCACAUAAGAUAACUAAAUUAUGUGAGUGAGCUGUUACCUUGCGGGGAAAUUAUCUUGUGCACACGAUUUAAUCAUCAUGUGGGUACAAAUUGUUAUUUUGGACACAAUAGUUUCUAGUUCCUUCAAGAUAUUAUUGCAGGCACAUGUCAUUGACUACAAUUUCAGGGAACAAGACAACUAGAUAUUGUAGUGAUUAUUGUAAGAUACCUAGUGCAAACAAAAUAAUUACUUGUCUCCGCAACCAAAACGUUGUAAAAUUAUCUUGUAUGCACAUGGUAGAAAUUUCACUUUUUGGACUUUAGGGGCUCUGUAGUUGUUAAAAAAAUGAUUUCUGAUGUUUGAUGGACUUAAGUGUAGAAGAGCUUCAGGUAUUUUGGUUUGUAGAGAUUCAUCAGGUGUGCAGCAUUUUUAAUAAGUUUGUAAAGAGCCUGAUGUUUGUACUGUUUCCACUGUGUGGGAUGUAAAGCUGAGAUUUGUUGUAAUAUAGACUUUUAUGUUCUAACCUGCACAGCUCUAUGCCACUUCAUCUUACUGUAUAUUGAAAUGUCUUUUACUGUAAAGAUGCUUGUAAAUAAAAGAGUUGCCAAACUUUGAAAUCACUCAUUUUCUGAUUGUUGAUUUUAUUUCUUGUAAAAAUAUUGAAAAGAUUAAACAUGUUCAAAUCAA